AUGGAUGACCCGACGCUCCUCAUCCAUUGGCUCUUCAGCUGCCUGGCCUUGGCGGUCAUGUUCGCCAGGCUAGUCUGGAGGAAGAUAGCCAGGCAGGAGUACAACCUGGGCGACUAUCUCACUAUCGCCGCCUGCGUCUGCGCACUGACUCGACUUGGCCUCAUUCAUGUGGUGUUGACCUGGGGGACGAACAACGUGACGCCGAAAUAUCGAGACUCGCACAACUUUACAGACGAAGAGAUCUACAGACGGGAGAUCGGCAGCAAACUGUCUCUCGUCAACCGGAAGCUUGUCUUGUUGGACGUCUACCGUCGUCUCAUUCUCAACUUGCGAUAUGAGAAGAUCACCAUUUGGUCCUUUUCCCUCAUUUUCUUUGGCACCUACGUCGCCUGCCAGGUGACGACCUUCAGCGAAUGCAACCCCUUUCACCUUUACUGGCAGGUUCUGCCUGACCCUGGAUCAUGUUCUAAGGCCCAGCUUCAACUUGUUGUCGUUGGAGUUCUUAACAUUGUGACCGACUUCAUGCUUCUCGUUCUCCCGAUUCCAUUGGUCGUCUCCCUCAAGACCCCUUGGCAGCGAAAGAUCCAACUCUACGCCCUAUUCACCCUCGGAAUUUUCAUCAUUGCCAUCACCGUCAUCCGCCUGCCGAUCAACAUCAACAACAAGGACCUUCAGACCAACCGCACGACAUGGGCCAGCACCGAGCUGCUCACCGCGGCAAUUGUCGUCAACGCCCCGACGAUCUACGGCAUGUGGAACAAGAGGAGGCAGAAGAAGUCGUCAGGAAAAUCAACCAACCCAUCAGGUCUUCACUACUACGGCGGCGGCACCCACGCAUCGACGGUUCAUCGAUCGACUGUUCGAGCCCAGGGACCGGAGGAGUCGUUCGCGAUGAACUCCACAAGGCGCAAAAUGGGUCCCAUGGAGGGAAUCAUGCAAACAAAAGAGGUCAUCGUUUCAGAAUUUCGGCAAGAUGGAGACCACCGUAUAAAUGGACGAUAUGAGAAUCUCCCGGAUGAUGUGGAGAAUGCAUCCAAUCAUUCGAGCCAACACGGCAUUUUGAAGAAGUAA